AUGUUUAAGGAAAUUGUGACAAAAUAUCUAGAUUCUAAUAAAGAUCUGGCUACAGCAACUCUCCGUUUAUUGGAAUUAUUAAACUUAGAAAACGACGAGAAAUCAAUUGAAACAGCGGAAGAACUUUUUCGAAUUCAUGUUGUCAAACGAAAGUCAAGAUUAAGAGAUUGGCAACAACAUCAUCGAUCAACUUCUUGGUAUGCAGAAGAAGUACCUGUAGAAUCACUUUUCCUUCAAUUGGCGACAGAUAAUCAAAACGAUGACGAUGAUGAUAAUGAGUUAGGGCCUACUCAAUAUCUUGGAAGCACGACAAAAUUUUCAGAAUUAACACUCGAGCAAAAACGAUAUCGAACGAAGAAUAUCACAGAAACACUUCAGAGCGCUGCUGCGAACAAUAAUCUAUCCAUGAAUCAACUUAUUGGUUAUUUACUUUACAGAGUAAAUUAUCACUCAAACCGUAUGCCUGCAGCAGUAGGACAAACUAUGGAAGCAAGUGGCGAUUUUACAGCUACAGCGAAAUUGUCAGUUGAUGAAACAAUUGCCAUACAAGCAAAAAUGGUUACUGAGUUAGAGAAACCUAAUUUUUAG